AUGCUUACAGUAGCAGUCAAAAGACUUCAUUUAUCAUCUGAAACGGCAAACUUUGAAGCUUUCAUGAGUGAAAUAAGAGCAUUGACAGAAAUCAGGCAUCGAAACAUUGUGAAACUUUAUGGCUUCUGUUCAAAUGAUCAAAACUCACUUUUGGUCUAUGAAUACCUUGAUAGAGGUAGUUUGGCAAAAACCUUAAGCAUCGAUGAAGAAGCCAAGAAAUUGGAUUGGCCUAAAAGGGUUAAUAUCUUGAAGGGCGUGGCUUAUGCUUUGUCUUACAUGCAUCAUAGUUGUUCUCCUCCAAUUGUUCAUCAAGACAUAUCCAGCAACAACAUUUUGCUUGAUUCACAGUACGAGGCUCAUGUUUCAGAUUUUGGUACUGCUAAGUUUCUGAAAUGCGAUUCAUCGAAUUUCAGCUCUCUUGCGGGCACAUAUGGUUAUUUCGCUCCAGAACUUGCAUACACAAUGAAGGUUACUGAAAAGUGUGAUGUGUAUAGCUUUGGAGUGUUAGCAUUGGAAGUGAUCAAAGGACAGCAUCCUGGUGAAUACAUUCAAUACGUAACAACUCUAUCAAAUGGAGAUUUACGAAUGUAA